UAAACCCUUAAACCCUAAUCCCCCCUCUCUCUUCACUCCCCCUCCUCCGCUCCCGCCUCCAGCCAUCCAUGCUCGCCUGAUUCCCCAGUAACACCUCCCCAUCCGCCAUGGCUUCCUCCAAGCUCCUAGCCCUCACCCUCACCUCCUCCCUGCUCCGCUCCUACCGCCUCGCCUCCUCCUCCUCCCUCCUGCCCGGUCCGUCCCGCCUCCUCUCCGGGUCUCUCCUCUACCGCCGCUUCUGCUCCGCCGCGGUCGAUGCCGCCGACGCUCCCGCCGCCGACGCAGCAGCGGCAGGUCAUCCGUGGCCGGAGUGGCGCGAUUUCCUGGAGAAGCUUCGGGCGAAGGGUUACUUCGAGCAGCCCACCCUCGCCUCCCGCGCUGAUGCUGCAGAGGGCGACGUGGCUGCUGCGGCGGCGGCCGCGGAGGAGGAGCCCGUGGCCUCGGCCAAUACUUACCCCUUCAAGGACCUGAACAGGGUGAAGAACGCCUGCCUCAAGUUCGGGCGAGAGCGCUUCGAUAUCCUCAGCUCCCUUCCUAAGCAGGAUAUUAAAGCUAUUGUUGAGUGUGGCUGUCCCAACAUCUUCCGGAAACCUGUGAAUUCUGCAAAAAGGCUGAGAGAGUUUCUUCAGGUCGAUGAAGGAGAUGCUUGCAGUGCAUGCAAAUUACGUGGAUCUUGUGAUAAAGCCUAUGUCAUUCCAAACGCUGAGGACGAAGCUCGUACUGUUGAUGUUGUGCGCAUACUGCUAAAUUAUGCAAUAGAUCCAACCUGUCUUUCAGGAGAAAAUUCUGUUAAUGGUGGUGUCCAAGAAUCCGCAAGAAAGCUUCUUUCAGAGCUUACUAUGCUUAGUGACACAACAAUUGAUCCAUCUAUUCCUAAACCUGUAUUCCAAACUUCUAGCAAGAAGGUGUCACUGACCAAAAUUUUUGACAAGGGCACAAACUCAGUUGUAAAUUCUUGGAUCUCAGCUGGAAAGGGUACUGAAACAACUGCAACAGAAAUGAAGAUGGGUGAUUGGCUAUGCCCAAAUUGCAACUUCUUAAAUUUUGCUCGAAAUCGGCACUGCCUUGAAUGCAAAGCAGAUGGACCGAAGAAGCUACAAGCAGCCACCACUGAAAUGAAAGAGGGAGACUGGAUUUGUCCACAGUGUCACUUCAUGAACUUUGCACGGAAUAGGAAGUGUUUUAAAUGUGAAGAAUCUAGACCAAAGAGGCAGCUCAAUCCUGGAGAAUGGGAGUGCCCAUCAUGUAGUUUUCUCAACUUUCGACGCAACAAGGCCUGCCUGAAGUGCCAGCAUGAACGCCCUGAAAAUGAUACCGAAGACAGUCAGCUCGGAUACAAUAGGUUGAGGAACACGAGAGGGGCUGACAGAAGCAGAAGUUUUGACUUUGUCGAUCAGGAGGACGAUGGCUCUGAUCCAGAUGAUGGUGAACACAAGCGUGCAGUGAGCAGGGCAACAUCAACCCAUAGGAGAUCCACAGGCAAGAGUAAAAAUUUUGACUUUCGUCCCGAGGAGGACAACAUUAGGGAGGAUGACAACGAGGAUAUCUUGCCAUACGAAGGGAAGCGCAGGCAUGUUGUGAGCAAAAGGGCCACACCAGCCCAAAGGAGAUUCACUGCCGCUAGAAGCCGAUGAAGAUAUUUGAUGGCCUGGGAGGCUAUAUAAUUUCGAUGUUUUCCAUGUCGCGUAUAGUUUCAUGUACUGCCUGUUAUUGUUUACUCGGGCACCUUGGACUACUAGCUUGGCUGUAUUGCAUAGACAAAUUUGAUCUCCACAUGCGCUCCACUACUGACAUGUACUGAUAAAUAUAUUAGCAGCACCUCAGGUUUCCAGGCAAGAUUUACCAGAUUUUUCUUCACAUCGUAUUGACAGGUUUUCGUUUGUCAAUG